AUGUCUUCGACUCCGUUCAUUGCGGAGCUGGACAUCGGAGUGCCCCCGAACCGCUUCCAACUCUCCUCGCCCACAUCCUCCCUCGCCACCUCCCGUCGCGAAAUCUUUGUCCGCUGGCAGCAAUCCACCGAGGCCAGCCAAAUCCUCUCCAUCAUCGAGGUCGUCCCGCCCGCGCCCUUUGAGUCUCCCACCGCCGGACCCAACGCCCCGGCCCGCGAGAUUGAGCGCUUUCUCGACCUGAACCGCGAUUUCGUCCUCCCGCUCUACGCCGUGCCCCGCAACACGAACCAGGAUGAAUGGAAUAUCGAGGUGGGCUACGGCCAGGGGACGUCGCGCAUCGACUACCCGUUCCGAAGCAGGGAGGGCGCCGCCCGCUUCCAAUCCUUGAUCACGGGCUACGAACCUAUCGCGCACUUUGACCGCCUCGGCUGCGUCGUCACGUAUCAGCGCGGCUGGCAGAUUCCCCGACCGCAGUUCGCUGGGUAUGGAGAGAUACAGCUCUGGCGCGAGCCCGAAGAAGGAUUUGCGGCCGACGCUGCGUCGCCGAGCGGGCGGGAAGAAGCCCUCCUCCGAAUCGUAGACAAGAACGGCCCACUCUUCAAGGCCGAAAAGCACCUCCCGACCCAAGACAAAGUCUCCCUGAGCGCAUGGAACCUCGCCGCCGUAGGUCGCCGCAGAGCCACCUCCGCCUUCAAGAUCCUCGAGUGCACGCAGCUAGCGCUCAACUUUGGGAGCUGCAAGGACCCGGCCAACCUCGAGCAGCGCGCGUUCUUCCAGCGGCAGCUCCUCGUUCUGCAGUGCGAAUACCGAGCGAAAUGGGCAAACCAGUCGAUCAACCAGAAGCAGGAGAUGCAGGCGCAGGUCCGGGAGAUGCGCGAGCCGGUCUCCAUGAGGAAGGCGCUACGGUCUCUCUUGUCCCUGUCCCCGAGCAUGCCGAGUCUGCCGGAGAUCACGGCCGAGCCGUUUGUCGUGGACUUUGAAACCCGGGGGCGAGCGAGCUUGGUCCGAGCUCGCGAUUUGCCCAUCCGGCGGAGCUCGAGCCGACGCCCGUGA